AUGGCCAUCGGGGCAGGGAGCACGGUGGCAGGCAGGCAUGCGGCUAGUGUAGAAGAUAAAGGAGAUCGCUUCCGCUCGGGGGCACGCGAAAGACUUCCAGAAUUAUCCUGCUCUGUCCCUGACCACAUAAACCUCACCGUGAACUUCGACCCUCGACGCGAUAGCGCAACGACCCCGAGCAGCCGCUACCCCGCAGGAGCCCGAACCGCCGCCGGCACCAGACUCCCGGCUUCCCGACUUCACUCCGAACUUCCCGGCGGGAGCCUCGUCCACCAAUCACAAACGUCCUUCCCCGGGCUCCGCCCCCUCCAGCCCCGCCCCCGACGCAUGCGGCGCGCUGACGCCAUCGGCGAGCCGGGGCCGUUGGGCAGCGGAGUGCUGCGCUCCACCGUGCCGGGCUCCGAUCCGCAGCGCUGCAACGAGCUGCUGCUGCUGGCGGCCGGGGACGGGGCCGCCCCGGAGCCGCGGCACCACGUCGUCUACUUCCCGGGGGAUGUGCAGAAUUACCAUGAGGUCAUGACUCGUCAUCCUGAGAAUUAUCAGUGGGAAAACUGGAGUCUAGAAAAUACCGCCGCCAUCCUGGCCCGCCGUUUCCCCGACAGCUCCAUCUGGGUGGUCAAGUGCUCGCGGAUGCAUCUGCACAAAUUCAGUUGCUAUGACAACUUCGUGAAAAGCAACAUGUUUGGCGCACCGGAGCACGACCCGAACUUCGGAGCCUUUAAGCACCUGUAUAUGUUAUUAGUUAACGCUUUCAACCUAACUCAGAACGGCUCGCUGUCCAAGAGGAGCGUUUGGAAUAAGGAUUGCCGAGCAGCUAACUGUGAGUCUGAUCCUGCUAGUCCUCGUAAUGGUGGCCAGGAGAAUGAGAGGACCUGUGGAAACGCUGCCGUGGCCGCUGUGAGCUUUGCUCCGCUGUCACUGAACGGCGCCUCGUUCACUUUGGUUGGGUUCAGUAAAGGCUGUGUAGUUUUGAAUCAGUUGCUGUUUGAGUUGAAGGAAGCCAAGAAAGACAAGAACAUAGACACUUUCAUCAAAAGUAUAAGAACAAUGUAUUGGCUGGACGGUGGUCAUUCUGGAGGAAGCAACACUUGGGUCACAUAUCCAGAAGUCUUGAAAGAAUUUGCUCAAACAGGGAUUACUGUCCACACCCACGUGACACCGUAUCAAGUACAGGAUCCAAUGAGGUCCUGGAUUGGAAAGGAGCACAAGAAAUUUGUUCAGAUCCUUGGGGAUCUGGGCGUGCAGGUGACCAGCCAAAUUCAUUUCACAAAGGAAACUCCCUCCAUAGAGAAUCACUUCAGGGUUCAUGAAGUGUUCUGAGACCUAGCGUGCUUCCUCAGCGGGAGAACUGCGUCCUUUGUCCUGAGCACAGGUGAUGGAUGUCAAGGGUAGUUAGAUGCAUUGUCAGCGCGUGGGCUAAGAAGAUGCACAUUCCAGAACUCUGAGUGUCUUACACAGUAGGACUCCUUGCUUGUACAUGUGGGCAGCUUUACCUUUGGAUUGGAUCAGAAUUAAUUUGAAGUCCAGAAGGGUCGUGUGUGAUAAUUCUCUGUCCUUUGAAAAUGGAAGAAACUUGGUGUUCAUCUUUCUAAAAGGUGACAGCGUUGGUGCUGAGAACAGCCGAUCUUCUGAGACCUCCUCUCCACCAACACCGGUAAUAACAGCAGUUCAGCUGUCGACCACAGACAUUUCCCGCUUUCUCUGUCCAAGGGUCUUGGGGAAAACUUGCGCCCUACAGCCUGCCUCCCGGGAAAGUUUUGUGAGCCCCUGAACUCAUUCUCAGUUCUCCCACGUGUUUGUUUUGUGUUUUUUUUUGUUUUUUAAAGUCAAAAUAUAUUUAUUUCCGCAUAUCUAAGAUGAUAGAAUUGUACAGUUGGUUUUUAAAACAGUGCACAAAGCACUGUAACUUAAUUCUUAAUUGACAGUUUUUAAUUAUGUUAGUGUGCUGUCAUAAGGAGACAGAUUCCACAGACCCAAAUCAGGGUUUCUUCAGAAGCAUGGUUUUGUCUGCCAAGAGAAAAUAGCUUUCUUUGGCCAAAUGUGAAAUUGCAUUGAGAUAAGAAAGGUUACAAAGGAAAGUUUGGAGACACAAAUAAUUUAAAUUUUGGCCCAGAAACUGAAUUUGCUUAACACUGCUACAUAAUUUGGGUGAAGUUUCCUUCUGCCCAUUUUUCUUUACUAGAUAAAUGCAUUUUGAAAAAAAAACCAAAAUCUAACGAAUUUCAAGCAAUACUAGAACAAAGCUGUGUGGUUAUUGAAAGUGGUACUUUUUAUUUAUGAAUAAACUUGGUUAUUCCAUGACCUCUAAAGUUUUAACCAAAUAGGGAAAUAACAUGCUGCUUUGGGGUCGAAAAGAAAAUAUAUACUAAAGCGUAGUGUUAAUAUGCAACAUGUUAACUUCUCGAUCUCUUCCAGAAUGACAUUUGAAUCACCCUCUAUUCCCAGUAUUCACUCAGCCAGAUGUUUGAGAUGAAUGUGGUUCCGUCGACUACAGAUGAGUGUCUACGUUUUCUCUAGUUUUCUAUUGUUUCAGUUGGAAUAUCUUUUGAGACUAGCACUUCCCAUAGUAGACCAAGUCACCUGGUUCUACCUUAUCACGCAUUUCCUUAACUCAGAGCCCUAUGAUCGGGUGACUACAUUCAACUUGUGUAACAAUCAUCAAAGGUCCCACUCAAUGUUGAACAGCUGAAUUCUGAUGGUCAUAUAGAGGGAAGGCUUGUCUCGGUCCUCCAGGCUCCGCUCACGGGAGUGUUCCAUUGUUGCGGUAAAGUGGACAUUGAUCCGAGGGACACCUGAUAUGCCAUUGCCCCUGGAGACAGUGUUGAGUAGUACAAGUGCUUUGGAGUGGAAAUGGUUGUUUGUCCACACACCGGCAUUUCUGUGUAAAACUACAAAUUGGUCCUCUUCCACAUCUGUUUUAAAACUGUGUGCGUUAAGUCUGUUACUGUAAACGUGGGUCCUACUUGAUUGUGCCUUUGUAAAGUCACCAAGGGAUGCGGUCCUACAAAUGUGAACUUAGUUCCCACCACAGCAUGGAUGUAAACCUGUAUUAAAAACAGUAACCCACAGAAA